GUCUGCUGGGAUUCCAGACUCAGAGGAGGUGGCAAGAUGAAGACUCUCCUGCUGUGUGUGGGGCUGCUGCUGACAUGGGAGCAGGCACAGGUCCUGGGAGACCAGGUGGUCUCUGAAAAUGAGCUGCAGGAAAUGUCUACUCAAGGGAGUAAAUACAUUGACAAGGAAAUCCAAAAUGCUGUCAAGGGUGUCCAGGAGAUAAAGACUCUGAUAGAAAAAACGAACCGAGAGCAUAAGACGCUGCUCGGCAUCCUGGAGGAAGCCAAGAAGAACAAAGAGGAUGCCCUUAAUGAAACCCGGGACUCUGAAAUGAAGCUGAAGGCGUUCCCAGGAGUGUGCAAUGAGACCAUGAUGGCCCUCUGGGAAGAGUGUAAGCCCUGCCUGAAGCAGACCUGCAUGAAGUUCUACGCCCGUGUCUGCAGGAGUGGCUCAGGCGCGGUUGGCCACCAGCUUGAGGAGUUCCUGAACCAAAGCUCUCCCUUCUACUUCUGGAUCAACGGCGACCGCAUCGAUUCCCUGCUGGAGAAUGACAGGCAGCAGAGUCACCUCUUGGACAUCAUGCAGGACAGCUUCAGUCGUGCCACGGGGAUCAUGGAUGAGCUCUUCCAGGACCGGUUCUUCACACACCAGCCCCAGGACAUGUUUCACUACUCGCCCUUUGGCUACCCCCGCAGGAGGCCCUCCUUCCUCUAUCCCAAGUCUCGCCUUGCCCGCCACAUCAUGCCUUUGUCCCCAUACGGCCCCUUGAACUUCCAGGACAUGUUCCAACCCUUCUUUGAGUUGAUCCACCAGGCCCAGCAGGCUAUGGAUGUCCAACUGCACAGCCCGAACUACCAGGGCCUGAACAUGGAGAUUAUCCCAGAAGGCAACGAUGAUCGCACUGUGUGCAAAGAGAUCCGCCACAAUUCCACAGGCUGCCUGAAGAUGAAGGACCAGUGUGAAAAGUGCCAGGAGAUCUUGUCUGUGGACUGCUCGGCCAACAAUCCGGCCCAGAACCAGCUGCGGCAGGAGCUGAACGACUCCCUGCGCAUCGCGGAGGAGCUGACCAAGCGGUACAACGAUCUGCUGCAGUCCUACCAGCGCAAGAUGCUCAACACCUCGGCCCUGCUGGAGCAGCUGAACGAGCAGUUUAACUGGGUGUCCCAGCUUGCCAACCUCACACAAGGCCAAGACCCCUACUACCUCCGUGUCACCACGGUGACUACCCACACCUCCGAGGAUGACGCCCCCUCACGCGUCACUGAGGUGGUCGUGAAACUCUUUGACGCCGAUCCCAUCACUGUCACGGUUCCAGAGGAAGUCUCCAGGAGCAACCCGAAGUUCAUGGAGACUGUGGCGGAGAAGGCGCUACAGGAAUAUCGCAAAAAGCAGCGAGCUGAGUGAAUUUUGAAUGUUGCUUUUCCACCUACGGGGGCGUCCGCGUCCAGCUCCCCCUGAGAUGAGCCGCAGCCCCCAUGCCCUUCCAGAGAGAGCUCUGCACGUCUCCAGGAGACCAGGCCCCGGCCCCACCCCGUGCCUCCUCCCUCGGGAUUCUGCCCGCUAGUGCCUGCCUUGACCAGCUCGCUCGCUUGUGGGAAGGACGGCUUCCGCAUGCAACUAACUGAAUAAAGCUGCCUUGUCAUCCCGGUGUCGGGGCUCCUGUUUUUAA